UACAUCAAGGCACUGGACGUCAUCAGGGGAUCUCGAAUAUCCAGGUUACAUCGCGGCACAGAACAUCUCGAACAUCCAUUCAUCCAGGUUAUAUCGAUGAGGAGAAGCCAUUACAGAGCUGUCCAUCAUUGCUGCGCCGUCGUUGUCUUGUCUUGUUGCUGCCCCAUCCUCCAUGGCCGGAACCAACCCUUCCGGCAGCGUCCAAGAAAUGGGUUCUAAAGCGGAAGUGCCGGAAGGCUACAUCCAUAAACAAAGGGAUCGGGGAGCUCCGGAUGCUCCAUUAAUGCAAGCUUCUGUCAUUGAUAUCGCCCUCCUCUCAGCUUCCCCCAAUUCCGGGCCGGAGCUGGAGAAACUCCGACAUGGACUCCAGACAUGGGGCUGCAUUCUGGGAAUAAACCAUGGAAUGUCUCCUGAAUUCCUGGAGGAUGUUCGCCACGUAAUCAAACAAUUCUUCGCUUGUCCAAUGGAAGAGAAGCUGAAAUACUCCAUGGAAGAAGCUGAGAUUGAAGGAUACGGCAACGACAAGAUUCUAUCCGACACCCAAAUUCUUGAUUGGAAUCAUCGUUUGUUCCUCACUCUGUUCCCAGAAGAAAGCCGUCGUGUUAAGCACUGGCCAUCAAAUCCUCACAGAUUUAGGGAAGUUAUUGAUGAGUAUAGUGCUAAUAUGAGAGUGGUAUGUGAGAAAAUCUUGAAGGCCAUGGGAAGAUCAUUGGAUUUGGAUGAGAAUAGCUUUGUGGAACAGUUUGGUGAGCGAUUUGAAUUGGCUGCACGCUUCAAUUUCUACCCUCCAUGUCCGAAUCCUGAUCUUGUUCUUGGUGCCAAGCCUCAUGCUGAUGUAUCGGCCAUCACUGUUUUGCUGCAGGACGAGCAAGUUGAAGGGCUUCAGUUCUUGAAAGGGGAUGAGUGGUUCAAUGCUCCGAUACUUCCCGACGCGCUUCUCGUCCUUGUCGGAGAUCAAGUCGAGAUUGCAAGUAACGGGUUAUUCAAGAGUCCAGUUCAUAGAGUAUUGACAAAUUCAAAGAGCGAGAGGACAUCUUUAGCCGUGUUUUACGUCCCAGAUCCCAAGAAAGAAGUUGGACCAUUAGAGACGCUCAUCGAUGAAACUCAACCAAGAUCGUACAAGCCUGUUAAGAACUUAGUUGACCUUUACUUCGAGUACUACCAACGAGGCCGAAGACCAAUCGAGACAGCAAGAAUCUAAAUUUGGUAUCUCUACAAACUUACUAGGAAUAAAAUCUUAUGAAAUGGUAAAAUUUGGUUGUACU